AUGACUAGAGGAAAUCAAAGAGAAGUUGAUAGAAUUAGGUCAUCAAAAAGGAAUGAUAAAGCAAAGCCAAAUAGUACCGUUAAAGAUGCUUCAAAAAAUUUGAAUGUUAUUUGUAAAUUAUGUAAACAUACUUUUAUGUGCACUGUUAAUCAGUCUAUAUUAAAAGAUCAUCAUGAAAAAAAACAUUCAAAAAAUGCGUAUGAAGAUUGCUUUUAA